UCUGGUGCCUCUGAGACGCACCAUGAUUGAAGACAAAGAGAACAAAGACCGUUCCUCAGAAAGGAGCAGAGUGACUCUCAUUUUGUCCUUAAAGAAUGAAGUUGGAGGACUCAUAAAAGCACUGAAAAUCUUCCAGGAGAAGCACGUGAAUCUGUUACAUAUCGAGUCCCGGAAAUCAAAUCGAAGGAACUCAGAGUUGGAGAUUUUUGUUGACUGCGACAUCAGCAGAGAACAGCUGAAUGACAUCUUUCCCCUGCUGAAGUCCCACACCACUGUCCUCUCGGUGGAUUCCCCAGAUCAGCUCCCUGGGAAGGAAGAUGUUAUGGAGACUGUUCCUUGGUUCCCAAAGAAGAUUUCUGACCUGGACUUCUGUGCCAACAGAGUGCUGAUGUAUGGGUCCGAACUCGAUGCAGACCAUCCUGGCUUCAAAGACAAUGUCUACCGCAGAAGAAGAAAGUAUUUUGCAGAGUUGGCUAUGAACUACAAACAUGGGGACCCCAUUCCCAAGAUUGAAUUCACGGAAGAAGAGAUUAAGACCUGGGGAACCAUCUUCCGAGAGCUGAACAAACUCUACCCGACCCACGCCUGCAGGGAGUACCUCAGAAACCUUCCUCUGCUCUCGAAAUACUGCGGCUAUCAGGAAGACAACAUCCCACAGCUGGAAGAUGUCUCCAACUUUUUAAAAGAAUGUACAGGGUUUUCCAUCCGUCCUGUGGCUGGUUACCUCUCACCAAGAGAUUUCCUGUCAGGGUUAGCCUUUCGAGUCUUUCACUGCACUCAGUAUGUGAGACACAGCUCAGAUCCCCUCUAUACUCCAGAGCCAGAUACCUGCCAUGAACUCUUAGGUCAUGUUCCUCUCUUGGCUGAACCCAGUUUUGCUCAAUUCUCCCAAGAAAUUGGCCUGGCUUCCCUUGGAGCUUCAGAGGAAACUGUUCAAAAACUGGCAACGUGCUACUUUUUCACUGUGGAGUUUGGCCUGUGCAAACAAGAUGGACAGCUGAGAGUCUUUGGCGCUGGCUUGCUUUCUUCCAUCAGUGAGCUCAAACAUGCGCUUUCUGGACAUGCCAAAGUCAAGCCCUUUGAUCCCAAGGUUGCCUGCAAGCAGGAGUGUCUCAUCACAACUUUCCAGGAUGUCUACUUUGUGUCUGAAAGCUUUGAAGAUGCAAAGGAGAAGAUGAGAGAAUUUAGCAAAACCAUGAAGCGCCCAUUUGGAGUGAAGUACAAUCCGUAUACUCAGAGUGUUCAGGUUCUGAGAGACACCAAGAGCAUAACCAGCGCUGUGAAUGAGUUGCGGUAUGACCUCGAUGUCAUCAGUGAUGCCCUUGCUCGGGUCAGCAGGCAACCCAGUGUGUGAUUGUCUCCAGUCUGAAUCCAGAAAGUCAGUGAGCUUCAGUUCAGGGCCAGGGACAUCUCUUGCUUCUCCUGAAGACCUGCUUGAGGAGGACACCAGCUCCCAGCUUAACAAAAUUUCUCAUCUCUCUCUAAUAAAUCACUCAUUGUCUCUGAAAAUGCACACCUGGAUGCUUUAACCUCCUUCUCCUCCUCCUCUUCUCCUUCUCCUUCUUCUCCUUCUUCUCCUUCUCCUUCUCCUCCUCCUCCUCCUUCUCUUCCUCCUGCUCCUCCUUCUUCUUUUGUCUUUUGGCACCUGCUUAGGGAAAUAUAAUUAACAUAUCAUGUGAUUCACCAAAUGCCCACUUAAAAUAUUUUAUUUCAUUAAAAAAUAGUUAAAUCAUCGUCCCCUUCCCUUUCUUUCCUCCAACCCCAUCCCCCAGCAUCACAGCCUUUUUACUGAAUAUCCACUUUUGAUGGGCAAGUUGUUUGACACUGGUCAGAGUUGGUCUUACCUUGAUGCUAUUUCCACCAGUUCGUCAUCAGCAAAUGGUCACUUUGAAUGCCCUGACGAGUGUAUCUGAAGCUGUUACUUUAUCACAGCUCAGGCACAUUCACAGACUAGACUUAGGAGGCCAGCUGUCACCACUGCUAGCAUGGACAGACGUGCAGAGCGCUUGGCCCUCUAGAGUGACUAGUAAAGAGCAAGUUGGCUUCAAGUGCAGUGUCAGACGAGGAUAUAGAAGUCACAAAGACUCAGCCAGGCAUGGCAGUGCCUGCAAUUCCAGGUCUCCCUGGUGCCUUAUUUCAAGGUGUCACAGUAGAACAUAAGACUGUGAGAAGGCAGUGAGGGAAGAGGGUAGGAAACGAGGAAAGAAACAGAGAAGGGCCAGGGAGGGCAGUCUGCUCUGAGAGUGUGAUUGUGUGGGGACCGUGAGGGUGGAGGGUAGGGAUGCAGAUGCGGAGCAGGAGCAGAAGCCGUUGUCUGAACUCUUCACUACUGUAACGGAGUGCAGAGGCAACCGAUGUACAAAGAGGAAAAGUUUAUCUUUGCUCAUAGGUUUGGAUGCUUUGGUCCAUUAGAAGUUAUUCCUGUGUUCUAAGUCUGUGAUGAAGCAAGGCAUUGUGGGAGAAUGUUGCAGAGCAAAGCUAUAAACUUCAAAAAAGAUGGAAAAAGAAAGAGGGAAGACAAGAUAAGGAAGAAGGUAGAAAGAGAGGGAAAGAGAGGGAUAAGGAGAGAGAGAGAGAGAGAGAGAGAGAGAGAGAGAAAGAGAGAGAGAGAGAUCGAGAUCCUAUAGUACAGUUUAGGAGUUCAGUACUACCAGGGCAGGACAGUGGGCUCAGCAGUUAAGAGCACUGGCCACUCUUCUAGAGGGCCUGGGUUUGAUUCCCAGCACCCACAUGGUGGCACAUAACCAUCUGUAACUCCA